AUGCCCUCUCCCUCCAGCGAUCCCGCCGAUACGUCUUCGGAGCCAAAGGGUCCAACUCAAACCGCCGUUCGGCGGUCCUUCCUCGGCCGUUGGGGCCUGAAGGGCUCGUUCUUCUCCAAGAGUUCUAAUGUCACGGUAGCCAGCAGCACGCUGAUCGUCGACAAUCGCCGUUUCUUCUCAGUCCGGGCACGGGAGCCGAAAAUUGACAAGAAGUCCCACCUCGAGGAAGUGGACGCGUCAAGAGUCGAGCUAUUAAAGGAAAUCACUGUUCGCAAGCGCACCCGGCUGCAUUGGGCGAAGGUCGAUGGACGAGCUGGUGUGGUGAGAGUUUAUGACGGCCCGGAUGCGGUCAAGCGACUGAACCGCGAUGUACAAUUCAACUUGGGAGUGUUACAUUCCAACCAUCUAAAAAUUAUUGGCACCUCUCCGAAACGAUCUCCGGACACAUUUGCUGUCUACCAAGGUGAUAUUAGAAUGAAUGCAGCUCACAAGGUUGCUUCAUUCCUCCGCGGUGACCUGAUGGAGGUUUUGAUAUUAUCCUGUCGUAUGGCUCAUGAUAUUGCAGUAGUUAUAACCUCAUACACAGUUUCAUCAUGA